GUCUAUAAUAUAUCUACGGCUACUAUAACUGUAACAACUCGACCAACAACAUAACUUGCAGGCUGUUCCUUCGGCCAUUGUUGUAUCGCCACAUCACGUGACCAUGCAUAUACCAAAAGUAGAAACUUCGACCCUAGGCCUAAAAUAGGGUAGUCCCUUCCGAAAAAUAAAUUUUGUUUCCUUUCUCCCCAACUGAGUACUUCAGUUCGAUCCCCCCCAUCAUUCUUUCCAUCAAACACAAUCAACAACUCCCUCUCACCUUAUCGACACGACCUGCAGCUCCCAACAUCACAACAGAGCAGCCUCAUUCAUACCAUUUCGAAACAUUGAUUCACUCGCAUUUCAUCGUCAACAAUCUUAAAGAUGUCGUACGGAGGCGGAUCUUACGGUGGCGGUCGCGGAGGCGGAGGAGGUGGAGGUGGAGGUUACUCAGGGUACGAUAAAUAUGCAAGCCGCGAUAACUACUCCAAUGGCUACUCCUACGGGUAUGGAAAACCUAUGGUCUAGAAAUUGUUGUGAAGUUGAACGCACCUGGUGUUCGCCCUGUUCCAUGGCUUCUUUGCCAGCCUUGUCUGGACACCCACAAAGGGCCCAUGCAGGAUGCAAAACACGAAUGCUUUCCUGUCACAUUUCAUAAAAUAUAAUCGGACAACUGCUAACUUUCUAUAGUGGAGGCGGUGGCUACGGCGGCGGUGGUGGUGGUGGCUACGGAGGUGGUGGUGGCGGUGUGAACGGUUACUCCGGAGGUGGCGGAUACUCUGGAGGUGGUGGUGGUGGAUACGGCGGCGGCCGCGGCGGUGGUUUCGGUGGUGGCGGCGGAGACCGCAUGUCCAACCUUGGUGAUGGCCUCCAGAAGCAAAGCUGGGACAUCGACACCAUGCCGAAAUUCGAGAAGUCUUUCUACAAGGAGGAUCCUCAAGUCACCAACCGCUCGGAUGCCGACGUGGCCAAGUUCAGAGCUCUCCACAACAUUGCUAUCACCGGAACCAAUGUCCCGAAGCCAGUCGAGACAUUCGACGAGGCUGGCUUCCCCGCCUACGUUAUCAACGAGGUUAAGGCCCAGGGAUUCCCUGCUCCUACCGCUAUUCAAUCACAGGGCUGGCCUAUGGCCCUUUCUGGACGUGAUGUCGUUGGUAUUGCCGAGACUGGUUCAGGAAAGACGCUCACAUACUGCUUACCCGCAAUUGUUCACAUCAACGCCCAGCCCCUGUUGGCACCCGGGGAUGGCCCUAUCGUCCUCGUCCUUGCGCCAACCCGUGAGCUUGCUGUCCAGAUUCAGCAAGAAAUCACCAAGUUUGGAAAGUCUUCUCGCAUUCGCAACACCUGCGUGUACGGUGGUGUCCCCAAGGGUGGACAAAUCCGCGAUCUCGCCAAGGGUGUCGAGGUUUGCAUUGCUACUCCAGGUCGUCUUAUCGAUAUGCUCGAGUCUGGCAAGACCAACCUCCGCCGUGUCACCUACCUUGUUCUCGAUGAGGCUGACCGCAUGUUGGACAUGGGUUUCGAGCCACAAAUUCGCAAGAUCCUCGGUCAAAUCAGACCCGAUAAGCAGACUUGCAUGUGGUCCGCAACAUGGCCAAAGGAGGUCCGCGCUCUUGCGUCCGACUACCUGAACGACUUCAUCCAGGUCAACAUUGGUUCUCUUGAACUCUCUGCCAACCACCGCAUUACUCAAAUUGUCGAGGUUGUUUCCGAGUUCGAGAAGCGUGAUAAGAUGACCAAGCAUCUCGAGAAGAUUAUGGAGAACAAGGAGAACAAGAUCCUGAUUUUCACUGGUACUAAGCGUGUUGCUGACGAUAUUACCCGAUUCCUUCGCCAGGACGGCUGGCCCGCACUCUCCAUCCACGGAGACAAGCAGCAAAACGAGAGAGAUUGGGUCCUGAACGAGUUCAAGACCGGCAAGAGCCCCAUCAUGGUUGCUACUGAUGUAGCUUCGCGUGGUAUUGAUGUCCGCAACAUUACUCAUGUGUUUAACUAUGAUUACCCAAACAACUCCGAGGAUUACAUCCAUCGUAUCGGCCGAACUGGACGUGCUGGCCAAAUGGGAACCGCAAUCACCCUCUUCACCACUGACAACCAAAAGCAGGCUCGUGAUCUCGUAAAUGUUCUCACUGAGGCUAAGCAACAAAUUGACCCCCGUCUCAUUGAGAUGACCCGCUACGGCGGUGGUGGUGGUGGUGGCCGCUACGGUGGAGGUGGAUACCGUGGAGGCCGCGGCGGUGGCGGACGUGGUGGUGGUGGCUCCUCUUCUAACGCUGCCCCUCUAGGUGGGAACCGGCGUUGGUAGAUGUCGAUGUUGCAUCCCAGCAACUAAACUCGCGAGACCGGCUAUCGACACUCGACGAAUAAUUUUGCGCAUUUGAUAUGGGUUGUUCUGGCGUUUUUGCACAUUGCUUGGGCGAGAUAGAUUGCUUUGGGGGGGUUGCUGUCUUCGUAUAUCUGGGAAUAAAAACAUGGGGAUUUCCUUAUUUGACAGUACUAUAGAAAGGGGAUGUGUACGAGGCAUUACAUCCGUAGAUUGCGUCUGGAGACUUGUCUUCGAUCCGAUUCGGAUGCCUAUUGCUCGUUCGUCAGGUUGUGGAUCAUUUUCAUAGCCGCAAGAAGACCUAGAUUGCAUGAGCUUCGCUGUAGAAUAAUCAAAUAAAAAUAUGAUUUCAAAUUAAAAUAAA